AUGCCAGCGGAGGUGAAGAGAGGAUUGCUGGAGGGAAAUCUUCUAUCAACACCGGGUAUUUGGGACGUUCUACCUAAACAGACCCGCCCACCGUUCCCGCUCCCCCCACAUGCUGGGCGUAAGCCCUUGGUCAAGACAGCCCCCAAGACCAGCGACAAGCGGCCGAUUGUUUACGGCAUCUUCCAUGUAGACGGUAAAGGACUCCCACCACCCCCUUCCGCAUAUUCGCAGCUGCUCGACGCUCUUCAGCUCUACAAGGACUCCGCCUCUGAGGGCCUGUCCGCAGCCGACCACGACGCAGCUCAGAAGAUCGCCGCUUAUGUUGAUGGGUGGAAGACUUGGAGCAAGGACAAGUGGCUGAACAGUGGGGAAUGCGCUGCAGGAAGACGGCGAUACCUUCCACGCGAUAGUCACGUACGAGAGCUCGAACAGUGGAUGGAACAGCUGAGGGCCAGGAUCACUCGUGCGCCGAAGAACGAACCACUCCCAUGGGCUUUGUGCCAGGUGGGAUACACCUUCAAGCAGGAGGAGCGCGCAAACCACCACCACCAGCACUUCUCGUCCGUUCCGCUAAUGAACUUGGUCGACGCAAUCUCCCACUACUUGUUCGACCCUCAUUUCACCAUGCGGUUUGUCGUUCUGUACGAGAUCUUUCACGAGCGGCAAGCAGCGCCUGCAGAGCACAUCAUCUCCCAUCUUGGCCACGCGUACACCUGGGUCGGAGGGUUCAACGGAUCAUGCGGCGGGCAGAUAAACAGCAGCAUCGACCGCGUGGAGGGUUGGAUAUUCUCCCUGUUGGAACUCGAGGCGAUCAAAAAGCCACACUUCCAAGCGGCGCUUGCGAAGGAGAUUGCGGACAUCCCAGAGCGAGCGGAGCAGGAUGAGCCCCUGCGGGAAAGGGUUCGGAAGUUAGAGGAGUACGCCAGAUUGUUGAAGGAAGAUGCGGAACCCGAAAGGCAGAUCGUGGAAGGGAAGAAGCGGAAAGCGGAGCUGGAAAGAACGGGUCAGCAGGAAGCCCCACCACGUAUAGGAGAGGUGCAGGCACGCGACGAAGAGGUUCUAGAGCGACUGCGGGAGCUCGAUAGAGUCGAUACGUGGCUUGGGGAGCACGUGGGGGACAUGGAGAGGCUGAGCGCUCUCCAGGGCGACAUGCUCGGCUGA